UUAGUGGCUCACGGCUAUUAUCUCAUUGGUAGAAGAAGAAGAAGAAGAAGAAGAGCGAUUCCAUCGUGCUGUACUGGCAUUGCACAUGCUCACGCAUUCGAAGCGGCCCAAGAGAAUUCUCUGCGCUGGAGGAGGAAGCAGAAGAAGAAGAAGAAUUCUCUGUUGGACCCAUUCCACUGUUCCUGGUUCACUCGGCUUCACCCAUUUCCAGUGGGUUCUUUGCAUGACACUGCCUUCUCUGCCCCGACGCAAUGGCGAAAGCGUCCGAUGCCGAGCGCCUAUUAGUUCCAUCACGGAAGCCCGACGGCAUCUCUGCAGUACAACUCAACGCACUGUUCGCGAUGUCACCGCCAAGUGACACGACGAAUAGGCAAGACACGUCCGUAAUUCGCAAGGUUCCUUAUGGCGUCGUUCCUAUCUUCCUUCUCCUCCUCCUGUUGCUCGGAGUGGCCAUCUAUUUUGCCGUGAAGUACGGUAUCGGAACACACGACGAAAGCUACUCGUUUUGCGAGACUAUGUCUUGCAGCGUGUAUGAAAGAGCCUUGAAUAGCGCCAUCAACCAAGGACUUCACCCCUGCGACAACUUCUACAACCACGUGUGCGACGGCUGGAAUAAAGGACAGUCAAAGUCCGUUUACAGACACCACAUGGAUUACUUCAUGGACGUGCUAAGCGACACCCUCAUGGCGGACGUUCCGUUGUGGGGGCAAAGCCCUGGCGACAAAGCGGCGUGCUUUUUCCAGUCGUGCAGGAAAGCUUCUCAGCAAGGACCUGGAAACUUGGAGGGCUUUAGGCAGAUACUUGAAGAGAGCCAAAUUGAGUGGCCCAAACUGUCCAAGCAGCCAGACGCUCUGAGGUCAUUAGUUCUAUUGUUCAAGAUUCUCAGAGUCAGGAACAUCGUAAACAUCGGCAAAAGGGGGCCCGAGGUUGUCCUAUUCGGCGGUGAAGACAUGGUGUCCAAUCACCAGCACAGGGUAGAUUUAAUCAGAAGCAGAAAAAUGGGAAGUUACGAAUGGUAUUAUAAACAGACACAAAGCGCUCUCAAAGCGCGCUACAGAGAGGAUGAAUUCGUACCGUACUCCAAGUUCGCGGAAACUGAAGACAGCAUACUGAGCAGCCUACAGAACUACACCAGGCAUAAUUAUACGGACCUGCCGAAAAACUUGCGUGAUCUGGCGCUCCUGACGGAAGGAAUUUCUUACGAGAGAUGGUCAGAACUCGUGCAGUCCGAAUACCACCUUCCCGCGGACUCGCCCGUAGAUUUGAGUGGAGAAAAUAUUGACUACAUACGCGCGUUCAGCAAGCUUUUGAGCACUGUCGGGGAGCAGUAUCUUCACUAUGAAAUUGGCUGGGUCAUGGUACAGACGUGCGCUCCUUUCGUCAACCGAGAACUUCUGGACAUUUACUAUGGAGACUACGACCCUAUGCACCCUGCUUCGGAAGCGGGACGCGAGAACAGAAAACGGUGCUUGCUGAUCACAGAAGUAUUCAUGGGAUGGGCUAUCUACAGGAAGUUUUUCAAGGGUUACGUUCCAGAUGGUUCAGUAGCGGACAUCCGUAAUAUCGCAGAUGAUAUUGGCCAUGCUGCUUUCGACAAGACCAGGAUACCUGGAAACCUUAACUCGUAUUCUGCAUUCGGGAAAGAACUACGAAGAAUAAUGAAGUAUGAAGACUCGUACGGGGACUCAGAUCUUCUCAACGUUACCUUCUCGAACAUCAGUGACAUGGGUCCUUCGUUCUUCAGCAACUGGCGCGUAAUCGUUGAAGAUUUGGACGGGUACUCGAACAGAAGCCUUUGGCAAAUGGCCAGCUCGUAUUUCAUCGGAAGAGCAAUUGGUGGCAAGGAAGGGUACACUCUUUACGACGGAGCUGAUUCAACAUUCCAGCUUCCUCCUUACGCGAUGACGCUGCCGCUGUACACGAGCGACAUAAUAGAAUCUGUCAAGUAUGCUGCCUUAGGAUCUCUCAUAGGCUCUGCCGCUCUUACGAUAUUGAAGUACAAUACGUCCAGAAACGAUAGUGAUGCCUGCAUGAAGAAACCUUUUACGAAUGACGAGGAGGCGAACAAGGCGGUUCUGGACGCUGCUGCUUCCGUUCGCAUAGCAUGGGACGCGUAUCGAGGUUCCACGCGCUCUCGUCACGACGUCAGACUUCAUGGUGCUCCUGGCUUUUCUUCCGACCAAAUAUUUUUCGUGAGCACGUGUUAUAUUCUAUGUGGGCAGCCCGUGGACACGUACCCAGACGUCCGGUGCAACGAGGCUCUCAAGAAUCACCCGGACUUUUCCGGAAUAUUCUCCUGCGACUGGAAUGCAGCAAUGAAUCCUCGGGAGAAAUGCACGUUAUUUUUAAACUAG